AUGUCGCUGGACGCGGUCGCCAAGCAUGCGUUCGCGUACGAAGGCGGCGACGUCGUCCUCGCGGACGAGCACACGGUGGUGACGCGCUGCGGCAACCUCCUCAAGUUCUCGUCCGUCGUGAGCAACUCGCAGCACUUUUUACCGCGGGCCAAGGCCUCGCGCAUUGUGGCCUUUGACGUCAACCCCAAGACGGCCUCGAUUGCGCUCGCCGCCUGCGAAGAGAACGCGAGCAUCGACAUAUACACGCUGCCCGACAAGCGCUGGAAAGGCCGGCUGCCCAACGACACGGCGGCGUUCGAGUACCACUUGCUCAAGUUUUCGCGCUGCGGCUCACGCCUCUUGUCGCUGGGCACCGACCAAGGCAACCAGCUGCGGGUGUGGGACCUCGACCACUUUGACGCGAUCGAAGGCUGCCUCGCGACGCUGCCGCACCGGUACUCGUUCGCGUCCUUCAACCCGCUCAACCCCGACCAAUUUGUCCUGGGCGGCGACCACGGCAUUGUGUUUUGGCGCGUCUGCAAGGUCCAAAAGACCUUUUGCCUCAGCCGUCUGGACGCCGCGCGAACGUCCGAGCGCCUCGUCACUGCGACAGGCGAGUACGCCGGCAGCGCGCUCUCGUCCGACGAAGCGGCCGAGAAGCGCCGCGAGUACUCGUGCCACUGCUGGAGCAAGGACGGCAAGCUGUACGCCGCCAACCGCAUGGGCGAGCUCGUCAAAUUCGACCCGACGCGCGGAGAGAUCGUCGCGGUCGUCGUCCUCUCGCGCACUGUCGUGCUCACGUCGCUCGUGCUCACAGCCGAGUGCCUCGUCGCUGGCUUCUCGGACGGAUCUGUGCGCUGGCUCCACGACCAAGAUUUUUCUGUGCUGCAAACGGUGGCCCUGCCCGCCGGCGAGCGGCUCGUCGCCCUCGGGCUUUCACCCAGCCAUGCGCGCAUUGUGCUCGGCAGCUCGGGCGGCGGCCUCUACGAGCUCAAGGCGCUCAUCGACAUCGACGAAGACGAAAAGUCGUCGGCCGCCAACGCCGCGUCGCUGCUCAACAAGCUCGGCGGCUACCACACGGGCGCUGUCCUGAGCAUGUCGCUGCUCAUCCCCGCGGGCGGCACGACCAACGAUGCGGUCGUCGUCUCGGGCGGCAUCUCCGGCGCGCUCUACUUUUGGACCGUUCAGAGCUGCAAGGGCAUCUCCGUCUUGUCGCUCACCGACCUCUUCGAGUCGGCGUCCAAAGCCGUCAUCACGGCCUUGGCCGCGCGGUACUUGGACCCGAUCGUCGUCGUAGGCGACUCGACCGGCCACGUGCGCAUCCUCAGCGUCGCCAAAGUCGCCACGGCUUCCAUCGACGUGUCGCCGAUUCACUGCGCGCGCGUAUGCACAACAGCGAUCGAUCUCAUCGAGAUCCACCCGGCGUCCGCCCUCGCGCUCGUCGCGUCCUCGAGCAGCCACGUCGUGUACGUCAUGUCGUUGGACCCGGAGCGCCAAUUUCGCAUCCUCGGGUUCGCCCAGGGCCCGAGUCCGAGCGCGCACCUCUCGAUGGUCAAGUGGGUGCCGACCUCGAGCCUCGAAACGUCCGCCUUUGUCGCCUCCGUUGGCCACGAGAUGUUCUACUGCGCGCUGAUCAACUUGGACGAGCGUAUUGCGAUCGAGUUUCACCUUGGCCUCCUCGGCGCCUUUGCUGCCGCGACCGUCGCCCAACGCGGCGUCUUUCUAAGCGCGUCCCAUGCGCUCAAGCUGCUGACGUACGUCAACUUUAGCGCCAAGCACAUGAGUGUACUGCGCAUCAACGACGCGCCCAAGACGAUCAAGUGCGUCGAGGCGAGCUCGCUGCACGCCGACGCCCACGCAAAACCGCUGACGGCGAUUGCCAAGAGCCCGUUGGCGUCGCGGGACGGCGCCGAGAUCUUUGCGACGGGGGCGGCCGACGGAACCCUCUCGAUAUGGCUGCUCCAGCCCACGACGGUCGGGGCGACGCUCAAGGACACGGUGUGGCACAUCGCCAAGCAAAAGAGCAUCGUGCUGCACGCCGGCGCGAUCACGGCGAUCGUGUUUUCGCACGCAGAGGACGCCACGUAUGUGUACAGCUCGGGCGUCGACGGCGCCAUCUUCUGCAUCGAGCUCAAGCCCGAGCACGGGUUGAGCCUUGUGAAAGCAGUCUCGGAAGGCGCGUCACCGCUCUACGUCAACCUCGGAAGGCGCUCGAAUGAGCCAGAGAAGAAGGCGCCGCGCUGGCACCUCAAUGACGACGGGCGGCCUUUUCUCGAAGUGUACGCCGACGAGCAAGACAGCCUGGCACGAGCCAAGUUUGACGCCAUCAAAGACAAGAUCCGCGGCCCGCUGAGCGACCUCCAGCUCAAGCUCAAGACGAUGCUAGCGCACAACGCCGAGCUGCCCGAGAUCGAGGCGCUCGCACGCGACGAAUUUGUCAUCAACCGCGACCUCGAAGCGUCUCUCUUGGCGCAAAACGCGGCGCGCGCGGCCGACGUCCGGUCGCACAUUGGCCGGCAGAUCGCUGAAAUGAACAUUGUGCGCGAGCGCAUGAAGGCCGAGUUCUGGGACACGGGCGACACGAAGGGCGUCGUGCUCAAAGGCCUCACCAACACAGACCUGAUCGUGUACAACCUCCCGACGCGCAAGCUCGCGGCCAACGAGAAGCGGCGCGAAGCCGCAGUCCAGCGCCUCCGGCAGCUCGAGUAUCAGUUGGCGCGGCUUGAGCCGAGUGAGUCGGUGCGGUCGGCGCGCCGGCGGACGUCGGCCGGGUACCACCACGCCGACUUGAUUCCGCCCGGUAUCUCUUGGAUGGUCAACGCGGGCUUGCUCCACCCAACGCUCGGGAAGCGCGAGGCGCCACCGCCAAAGCCCGACGAGUUUGAUCUCGCAGCCCCCGUGCGACUCGUGGACCUGAUCUACCACCCGGCCAUGAUCCGCACGCGCAAGCAGCAGCGCACGCAGAUCGCACUGCUCUUGGCGUACGAGCGGCAGCUCCUCGGCGAGUACAACAAGGACUUUGACGAGCUCGCGCGCCUCAAAGAAGCCAAGAUGGACGAGAUCGAAGCCAAGAACACUCGGAUCCGAGAGAUUGGCGCCGAACUCCAAGUGCUCGAAUCGCCAACCGUGUACACGUGGAGUGCGGACGAGGUCGCCGACUCGGUGCUCACACUUCGUCCGGACGAAAUGACCAAGACGCCGUACGAGACGGAUGAGAAGCGGAAUGCGCGGGAAGCCGCCGAAGCGGCCGCACGCGCACUCGAGGCGCGCAACCAAAAGGACGACGUCGCCGGCCGCGCGCUCCGCGACAUGAUGAACGGCACGCUCGAGGUCAAGAAGGAGCUGGUGCAGGGCUCGAGCCUCGUCCGGGAGCCGUGGAUGGACGAGACGCCAACCGACGAGCUCACGCCCGAGCAAAAGCUCAAGCUCGCCGCGUACGACGCCGAGGCCGCGCGCAUCGCGGACGAGAAAGAAAAGUACAAAAAGUCGCUCGACCUCGAGCUCAAGAAGCUCAAAGCCGACAUUGCCGACAUUUGCCGCGGCUUUGACGACAAGCUCAAGCUGCUGCAGGAGCUAUACCUUGCGACGCGUCUUAGUGUUCUUACGCAGCAAAUGUACGUGCUCCGGCUCGGCGACGUGCUCAUGAGCCACGAACAUAUUUGCCACGACCUUCUGAGCCUCUCGUCCGAGAUGGCAGGUGUGGAAACCGAGAUAGCGUCGCUCAACGGCGACCAUGCGCAGUUCGAGUCGCGCCUCGAGAGCUGCAAGGACGAGUGGCACAAGGCCAUCGAGGACGACAAGGCGCUCGAGAAAGCGUUUUCGCGCGAAAUCGAAGAGGCCGCGGGCGUCCCGCUCGAGCACGACGUGCUGCGAUCGCUCACCGAGCUGUAUCGCAAGCGCCGGUCGGUGGACGACGCAACGGGCGACAGCAGCAAGAAGCUCGCGGCGAUUGGCGCCCUUCGGCGCAAGAAUAGCCUCAAGGUCGCCAAGCAAGGCUCGAGCCGCGUCCUCGUCCAAGACGGCGACGCAAACGGGGGCGUUGCCGACGCACUCUUGUCCAACGACGAGUCCAACGACCCGUUCGCGUUUCUGGACCUCAAGUCCCGCAAGAAGCAUGAGGUGCGCAAGGUGCUGCCGCUGGACGCCGACGCCGACCGACCGGAAGCGAUCGCGCACGACUCGCCGGUCUGGGCAGCGCUCAACGACUGCCGCGCGCGCAAGAUCCACGCCGAGCACAUUGUCAAAGGCAAAGCCGACGCAUUUGCGGAAGCCAAAGAGGUGUUUGAAGCGUCCCAGUUCAAGCUGACUCAGCUCGGGGCCAAGCUGACUCGGUGCAAGAACGAACGCCUCGAGCUCGACGCGUCGAUUCGACUGUCGAGCGAGAACCUCCCGAUUCUCGUCAAGAUCAAGCAAGGCCAGGACGAAGCGAGCGGCGACGAUGUCAAGACGCUCUGCGAAGAGUCCGAGUCGGCGCUGCUCAUUUGCCGCGCGGCCGUCGAGCGCCUCAACGAGACCAUCUUGCUGCACGGCAAGGACCAAGUCGGGAUCCUCUCCAAGAUCAAGAACUUUCGCAAAAAUAUCAACUUGAUGGAGUGGGACCAUGCGUACCUCGGCAUGCAGAAGAAGAACAUGGACGACCACUACACGGACCUGCAGCUCUUGCGUGUGACGAAGAACCUCCAGGAGAUCUUUACGACCGGUGACUCGAGCGAGAAGCUCAAGCGCGAACAGCAUUUGCUCGAGGCCAAGUUAGCGUACAUGGGCAAGAGCCACGAAGCGAACGCGGUCAAGCAGCACAAGGUGCUGCAGUCGCUCCACGCGACGCUCGCCGACCGCCUGCGUGAGAACGACCAGUUUCAGCGCCAGCUCAACGAGCUCCAGACCCAUAUCCAGAUCCGGGAGGACAUUCGCGCGAGCCGGCGAAGCGCCAAGGCCGCGCCGGCCAAGCCCAGCAGCAAGAUGAAGGCCAUCACAGUGCGGCGCAAGCUCGUGGACCUCGCCAAAGCCCAGACGGAUGAGAUUGAGUUUAUGCGCAUGGAGCUCGACAAGAUGCGUCGACGCACGUUCCCCAGCUUUGUGCAGCCCCUCAACCAAGCGCCGCCAGACGACUUCUUCGCAGACUAG